GGGUGGGGGGUUGGGGCCGCGUGGCACACUGGGCUGGCUCUGCUGCAGGUGAGCGGAUGAGCCAGGCCGAUGGCGGUGACUACAGCCCUGUCUGCUGCAGCGGCGGCUGCGGCCCUAUCAGGCCUGGCAAUGCGACUGUCGCGUUGGGCGGCGACACGCGGCUCCUACAGCGCCUUCUGCAAGGGGCUCACGCGCACGCUGCUCACCUUCUUCGACCUGGCCUGGCGGCUGCGCGUGAACUUCCCUUACUUCUACAUGGUGGCCUCGGUGAUGCUCAAUGUCCGCCUGCAGGUGCGGAUCGAGUGAGCCAUCGCCCGGCACCACGGCGGCCCCUCGGGCGGAGGGCGCCACCCGCGCCAC